CGGCCUUGCUCCGCCCGGCGCUGCGGCGGGAGGCGGGCGCGGCGCUGCCGGACAAGAUGGCGGCGGUCGGAGUGGGCGCGGGGCGGAAGCAGGUGCGGCAGGAGGAGCUGCGGCGCCUCAUGCGGGAGAAGCAGCGGCAGAACGCGGGCAAGAAGCGGAUCGACUCGCCCUUCGCCAAGUACAACAGCCUGGGGCACCUGAGCUGCGCGCUCUGCAACGUGCCCGUCAAGAGCGAGCUGCUGUGGCCGACGCACGCGCUGGGGAAGCAGCACCGCGAGAAAGUUGCAGAGUUAAAAGGCACAAAACAGAUAGCAACUGGUUCAGCUGCUAGCACAUCAUCUCAUCCUGUCAAGAGAAAAAAUGACGCAGAAAAUACAGAAUUAAAGAGAGCAAAAGGUUCAGAUGACAAGCCACACACAUCUACAUCUGGGCUACCAGCAGAUUUUUUUGAUGAAACAGAGCAAAAUGGUGCAAAAGAACAGCUUUCAAAGGGUCCAGGUCCCAGUUUAUUGUCAGGAAAUUAUGAUGAUGAUGAUGAAGAGGAAGAACAGGAAGAUCACUCAAACAAAUCAUCCGUUACACAUAAAACUGAAAUUCCACCUCCAACUCAAGAAGUAAUAGCUAAUUCUCUACCUACAGACUUCUUUGACAGCAAAACUACAGCUGCACCUAUAGUUUCCCAUUCAGGAUCCAUACAGAAACCAGAGAUACAAGAGAAGGUAGUUGAAAGGAAAGAAAACACGGCUGAAGCUUUACCAGAAGGGUUCUUUGAUGAUCCUGAAGUGGAUGCAAAAGUGCGAAAAGUUGAUGCUCCAAAAGAUCAAAUGGACAAAGAAUGGGAUGAAUUUCAAAAGGCGAUGCGACAAGUCAACACAAUUUCAGAAGCAAUAGUGGCAGAAGAGGAUGAGGAGGGACGACUAGAUCGUCAGAUUGGAGAAAUUGAUGAGCAGAUAGAAUGUUACCGCCGUGUUGAGCUGUUGCGUAAUCGCCAGGAUCUGAUGAAGGAGAAAUUUAAAGAAGCCAUGAGAUUAAGAUCGACACAAGAGAAAGAGGAUGAGACUAUUGGUAGCGAAGAUGAAGAAGAAUUGCAGGAUUUGCUUUCUCAAGACUGGCGGGUGAAAGGGGCUUUGUUGUAGCAUUUCUGCAACAUGGUUGAUAUUCUCUUUACCUGUGAUGGUACUUCUGUUAUCAGAAGUGAGAUGUCUGUGUUAAAAUAUUUAUUUAAAGAGAAUCGUGAGAUGGUAAAGAGCCAACUGUAUAAGAAAAAAAUCUUUGUACAUCUAUAAUGGUGUAUUACAUGCUGUAAAAACUGUAUAUUGCAAAUGUUUUACAAGAUUGAAUGUAACUUUCCAGUUAAAAUUACUGAUUUCCUACCAGAGAUAUUUUAAUGGGAUUAAAAGUAACUUUAGAAGCUCUAUUUGGGGAACAUUAGACCUGUACAGUAAGUUGGAGAUUUGCGUCAUUAUGUAUGGAAGUAAAGAACUAGCAAACAUGUUAGUGUUUUCCCCCAUGAUGGGGUGGAACAAAGGAAACCCUUAUGCAUUUAUCUUAUUUUAAAAGUUUCAGAACUCUUUCCUCUGAUUCUUCCUCCCCCCUUCCCCCAAUAAAAUAUGUAAGUCUUUCUGGAUCUGUUACAGUUUCUCUGAUGCGUAUGUAUAUGCCAAGCUCAGAAAUGCUGUGCAGCAGCUUCUCCAGAGUGUGUACUUUGUGAUCUGCUGAAAGACACAGUCAGUGUUGAAGACUUCCCUUUUUGGCAUUUGGCAUUUUGCUUAGUACAGUCAUAACGGAGCAUACCUCACACUUAAACUGGAGGUAGGAAAACAGAGCAGUUACAUAUUUGCAUAACUAAAUGAAAGCACAAUAAAAUGUCAGGGAGUAAGGUAGCUCACUGGAAACCGUGACUAGGUAAAAUCAUUUAUUUAGGUGUAAAUACUGGAGUUUUUUCUAAGAUAAGUGCAUCUAAAAUGCAUCUUUUCUGUUCUGUCAAACAGAAAAGUAAAAUUAAGAACCCACAAACAGGAUAAAACUAGGACCCACAAAGCGGAAACUAUCUUGAGCUUUGGUAAAUGUGUCUCUCUCUUUUUUUAAAUGUAUUAUUGACCUUUGCAAAUCUUAAAACAUGACCAAUUUACCGAGUUACUGAGGACUUUUGAAAAAUAGGAGAUGUGAUUUAAUUUUUAUCACAAAGUGAAGUUGUGAAAGAAUAGCUUAAUACUUCCUCUUUUUUUUCUAAAGUUUUAAAACAAGUCAGGUUCUAAAGGGAGAAAGCAAGCUUUGCUCUUAAGACCUCUUCAUAUACUUCACUCAAAGCUGUUCAUUAACUAAGUAAUUAAGGGGAAAACAAUGUUGCACACUAAGGCUGUGUUUAAUUUGCCUCCUUUUGAAGAAACACUUCUUGUACUGGGAGCCCUUUCCUUAUUGCGAGAUGCUAUUUUACCACUUCUACUUUCCAUGAUCCUUGGAUCCAGGUCUGUAUGUUUAUAAAGCUGUCAAAAGUAAAAUUCAAGCAAUGGUCUUUAACAAUUUGAUGUAUCUGUUAUUCCUGUUCAUAUAUGCUGGCUUACAGCCUUGGCUUCUUGGUUAAUUUACUAACCAUAGAUAUAAGUAGGUGUUACUAAAAAUGUUUAACUCAA